AUGUUUAAUUGCUAUAUUAUUUUUAUUUAUUUGACAAAAGCAUAUUCAAAUAUCAAUAUUGAUAAUCAAAGAACACAUCAAAUAUACAGAGCAACGAUAGAAUCUUACCAUAGAUAUUUAUUGACUGAAAGUAAUAAUUCCGGAGAAACAUCAUCCAUGCAACCAAUGUUAGCAAUUGUACUUCAAAACUUUUUUAAUAAUGAUUUCUUUAGAUUAGAAGAUUCUGUGUUAAUGCUAAUUCAUAAAAUAAAUUUUGAAGCCGUUUCUGUUAUUAAUCAUGAAGAUGAGGUACCAUUUAAUAUAUUGUAUUUGUUAAAAGAAAUUACAAAGGAAGAAGUUUUGUCUGAAGAUCUGUUUUCUGAACUAGAUAAAAAUGUUGAAAAAAUUUGUCAAGUAGCAAACAAAAUUUUUUCUUAUUUAAAACCAGAUGAGAAAGAGGUUAAUGUUAUACAAAACAUCAUGUUUGUUAUUUUACAGUUUGAAAAAAAAAUUACUGAUUUAGAUAUUAAUAGGUUUCUAUAUAGAAUCAAUGAACUUUUAACUGCAAAUAAUUGUAACAGAAGAAAAAAAAGUUUAGGCCAAAUCGCAAUAAUAUUAUUUAUAGACCUCAUCAAAGUACUUUGUAUUUUUUUGAUCAAUUGCUUUUCGCUAUAA